GUACUACAUAUAGGUAUAGUCACCGUGCAACUGUUUGUUUAUAAACACUGAGGCUCAGUGACUGAGCCUUUGUACGCACAUAUACCGAUAUAGCCCACAAAUUAUAACCUAAAAAUACCACUUUACACAAUUUCGUCUAGAUAAUCCCAUAUACUUGUUACAGAGCAAGUUUACAUCAAUUUAUGCCCUAAAAUUUAAUUAUAUAAUAGCUUUAAAAGCCGUGUUUGUUGCAAUGCCUGGAACAAGAUGUGCGGUAGCUGUUUGUAACAAUAGCCUUGUAAAAACAAAACAGGCGGGAAUGGAUGUGAAGUACCAUCAAUUUCCUAAAAAUCAGUAUAUCAGAAACAUUUGGAUCCAGAAGUGUAGAAGAGGUGGGGAAUGGAAUCCUAAUUCCUGUCACGUUUGUUCAAUUCAUUUUACGAAAAACGAUUACAAAAAGGACGCCUAUUAUAUUCGUACAAAGCACUUAAGACCAACUGCUAUACCGACUUUGUAUUUGACAGAGGCUUCUUUUCCAUCAUCCACACCAUUGCAACUAAAAAAUCGGUUUAAAAAACUUAUAGACGAAAAAAUGUCUAGUGACUGUACGAAUUUGAGUGAUGAUAAUUUGGAAUUUGAAGAAGUAUCAAGUAAAUCGGAUGAAAAAAAUUUAUUUUUUCAACCUAUGCCUGUGUUUGUGUCAGAAGAUCUUCAUGAAGAACCCAUACAAGAACAAAAAGAAGAAGAAUUUUCUGACACAACGUCCGAUAACCGCGUACAUAUGAAUAGAGAUAAUUUAAAAUCCGAAACAGGGGAAAAUAGUUUAACUGGAAGCUCUAUGUCCUUCGAGGUAGUAGAAUGUGAAAAUGACGAGUUAAGUUUUGUUGUGUCAGAUGACAAUGAUUUAUGUUACGAUGAGACAAUAGAUAACUGUUGCACUGAAGAAUCUCCCGAACUUAAAUAUAUCACUGUUGUGGAUAAUUCUACACAGGUAGAUGAGAAUGAUUUUAUUAAAAACUACAAGUUAUUAUUGAAUAGAAAUAAGUCUCUUAAAAAAGAGGUGUUGUUUUGGAAAAAUAUAUGUAAAAAGUUAUCGUCUCGAGCAUAA